UGGCCAUAUUAAAACAAACAUAAUUUUAGUCUAAAAUCUACAACUUUUUUUGCUCUCGAGUCUGAAGUUUUUUUUUUUUUUUUUUUUUUCCCAGAGAUGCCAAAGCAUUGACUAUUCCCUCACUGAAAGAGGAAACGGAUUGUUGUUCAAAGACCUGGGACUGUAAGCACAGACCCCUGGACAACAAAAAAAUAAAACUCCGCUUUCCGUUGACGUCACAUCAGCUUUCGUUCUACCAGUGUUUCCUCCCCUCACGAUGGCCACCCUUUUCCCUCCUCUCCAGCCGGGAGGCAUCGACUACAGACUGCCCACCUGUGGACAGACGCAGUGCAGCGGCCGCGGUACCUGCGUGCCUUCUAUGGGUGGUGGUGCCCAUCUGGUGUGCGACUGUGAGCUGGGCUACCAGGGCGAAUUCUGCGAGGACACGUUCAACGGGUCCCUGAGUUUACCGCUGACCCUCAGUGUGCUGGCUGUCAUCAUCGGGCUACUGAUUGUGGCUUUCAUCUUGGCUAAGCUCAGGCGGAAGCAUAAGAAGAGGAACAGGAAACAUCCGGAAGCAAAACAUGGCAACGGCAUUGUUGUGUGAUACAAAAUCCCCAACAAACCCGAGGUACACAUAAGGCUGAAAUACUUCCCAUUUUACAUGUUACAACGUGGGAAUCGAGUGUGGAUAGCAUCAUUUGAUUCAAUUAAAUUCAUAUUUUAAUCAUUUGAAGAAAAACAAAAUUCACUAAUCCUUUACAAAGUGUCAAAAUAACCAACUUAUGGAAGUUUUCCUUACCAACAAAAUGACAUUUCCAUGAAGUGUUAUUCACUAAAAGCUGUGCUGGGCUGUGCAGAAUGUUCUUUCACGUCCAUGUUGCUCGGGGUCUUCCUCCCUGCUCGCUGCUACUCGUUUUACCGCCACCAAAUGUCCAGGGAAUUGUUCCUCCCCCAUUUAAAAAGAGAAAACAACUUAAUGGGAGAGGAAGGCGACGAAGAAGAAAUCUAUGCUGUGAGUUCCAACGACGUGGAAAAAAACAACAACAACACGAAAUGCCUUUGACAAAAGGAUUCCUUGAACUCAUUGAAUGUGAACACCUGUGUCUCAAUGUGGAUGUAUGUCAUCGACAGAGUCAACAGUGGCACCAUUUAACUCAUCGUGUCUUUCUUACGUAAUAUCACAAUGGGGACAAAAUAUAACUUAUAUAUAACCAUAACCAUUUGCCACAGUAACUGUAGUAACUAAAUGAACAAUAUAUUGUUUACAAGCUGGAAUUAAACAUUUGUCACUCUGCCUGGUCCAAAUGAAAAUCUAGGUGGCUUCUAUUGUUUUUGUACUUCACAUUCAUUUGACUGUUGCAAACAAAAAAAUGGGAGAGCUUCAGGUUUUUCCAAACAUAUUUAUUCAGCCACAGAUUUUACUAGAUUCUACCUUUGAGGACUCAAGUCUUCAAUUGGUCAUUGCUGAGUAAUCAACAUAACGUUAGGAACAUAGCCAGUGUUAAGUGUUUUUUUUUUUUUUGUUGCUAUAUAUAUCCUUUCACUCUGCUUCUGUGUUUCUAGAGUAGAUAAAAUUCAGACCAGCUUUGUGAAAUAACAUGACUGGAGAUGUUUUUAAAAAACUGUAGAUUAAAUCAUGUCAUCUUGAUGAAAAUAAG